GUUGUCUGAGUGAUCUCGAAGACGCUGGCACUGAUGUCUCGUUAUGUCUUUUGGUCCCGUUAUGGCAAUAACAUAUAUUUUCGUAUGAAUGUGAGAGCAAGCGUACCGACGAACGCAGGCUGAUACAGAACCGUUCAUAAUAAUAUCCGGGCCGGCAAGUUGCGACUGACUGACUGGCCCAACCAGCUUCCAGCCUUUGAAAAGAGGCCAACAAGUAAGUUCGCAACUGUGCAGGUCCCGAUCUUCCCUUGCAAUCAUGAGGCAUCCCUUCUUGGAGGUACAGAGCUCAGGCUGAUAAACAAUGGUACUAUCCAUAAUAUCCAGGAUGGGUCAUCCUUGAACUUAUCCAAAAAGGAUCUUCCCACUUCUGCGUCGAUCGAAUCAUGGCAUCCCUUGGUGGUGGUAAAGAGCUCACAAUUCCUUCGACACGCACUGACCUCUAGAGCUACCAUUAUGACGUUCGCCCCAGCUGUCCCAACACUAGUAGUGCUGGCCGCUGUCGCCCUCCUGGUCCUCGUGGAUGUUGGAACCGCCGCCACAACGGAGGGAUCCUCGUUGUUGAGGGGCGAUCCCCAUCGUCAUGCCAGUGAUGAGCAUCAUGGAGGAGGAGGAGCAGUCGUAACAUCCGGCGCUAUCGCCAAAGAGGAGGAAGCAACAACAGCAAAUGAAGCCUUGGAGAAUCAACGUCAGCUGGAAGGCGAUCCUCUUCUGUCGAGUGUGAGUCAAGCUCAGGAUCGAGACUUGGCCAGCAACGACGAUGGAGCUUCCUACCGCGGGACCGUUCACAAGACCAAGACUGGGAAGAAUUGCCAACGAUGGGACAAGCAAUCGCCCCACGCGCAUUUUCAUUCUGCUGAGGAGUAUCCCGAGUCCGGUUUGGAGGAGAACUUUUGUCGCAACCCCAACGGUGACACCGGACCCUGGUGUUACACCACGGAUCCCGAGGAGCUCCGGGGAUACUGCACCGUCGAUGGUACCGAUUAUCGCGGCAAUGUUCACCAAACCAAAGAGGGGAUCGAGUGUCAGAGCUGGUCGGUCCAAUCACCCCAUGAGCAUCCGCACAAUCCCGAAAGUUUUCCUCAGUCGGGCUUGGAAAAGAAUUAUUGUCGCAAUCCAGACGGAGAUAGUGGACCAUGGUGUUAUACCACCAAUCUCGAGAUCGCUUGGCAGUACUGCACCGUGCCUCCCAGUUCCUAUUAUCUGGUGGUGGCCUACGGAAGAGUACGAGGCGGCAAAUAUACCGACAUUCGAAAAGCCAAAGCUGAACUUGCCAAGGGCACUGGCAAACAACACGGAACUCGUCUCAUUGUCGAGGUCCAGAACGGCACGGUAUUGUCGGAUCCACACACCGUCGCGGGACAAUCGCAAGUGUGGGCCAAUGGAUUCCACAAAUGGUGGCGCGAUGAGAACGACAUUCGUCGAAUGAUCAAAAUUGCUCAAGAAUACCUCAAAACGGAGGCCGCGGAAGAGGCCGACGAGAAAGCACAACAGGAAAGCGAAGAAGAAACUGGAUCUUCUUGGGGUGCCGCGGCCUCCUACAAGAAGAAGGACUCGGGUUGCAACGAUAACGGAACGUUGGAAUACAUGGACCGGCACAAGCUCGAUUGCGGAGCGAACUACGCCAUGGCCGAUUGGCACCUGGUGCGGUGCGGCGACAACGAUCGUUUCCACAUCAAGUACGGUUGUAGAGCCAUCCCGGACGGAGCCACUGUCGAUACGCACCGGACUACCUGUCAGGAAGGGGAAGAGCGAAACAUCGAAUACUUGGAUCGUCACAACGUGGCGUGUCCCCACUCUAACCAGGUCUUGCAGCAAUGGCACUUCCGCUCCCAUUUGUGCCCCGGAAUCGGUGCCAACAUUGAAUUCAAAUGCGCCACCCUGCCCGCCGGGAAGAAGGUACAAAACUGCCAAUCCUACAACACGGGAUGCAACGACAUUCACGGACGCAAAAUCAUAUACCUCGAUCGUCACAAGCUUACAUGCCCUGCGGGCAAAUACAUGAAGCAGUGGACCAUGGACCCAAGCGGUUAUUGUGGCAGCGGAAGGUCCCAAUUCCAAUAUACCUGCUGCGAUGUUGUGGUGACGCCCUAGCUAGUAGAAUUGAUUUCCAAAUUAAGAUUAUGAGCCUUCAGAAUGAGGCAGCUACUUGUAGGCUGUU